CUAUUCAUUCAUUCAAACUAGCAAAAAAUUGCGUGCGCCAUGUUUGUUGAAAACGUAAACGGAAAAGAAAGCGGUAGAUGAGUUUUUUUACGUUAGUUCUGUAAAAGUACGACGAUUACUUGUAGUUUGCAACUGGAGUUAUGUGAGUCAGUGCCUAUUUUUCAUAUUCUUGAUACUUUUAAAACACCAGCUAUGGCUUUGCCAAAUGAUGGACAAAGAGCCUUUCGUCUCUUCGUGACCCAUGUGGACAGCGACGGUCCCUUUUUGAAAAUAUGCGGGCAGCUGGACAAGCAGGCGGCGCUGAUGAUCGAGAGCCUGAUAGACUCGUCGCGAGAGAACUUCGAGAAGGGCAUCGGAGCGGUGCCGCCGGCGGCUAUUCACGAGGGCAUCAUUUGUGCCGCCAAAUACAAAGAUGGGACGUACUAUCGCGCGAAGAUCGUGAGCACCACAACUUUGUCUAACGGAUUAGUGGGGGUGCACUUCAUCGACUACGGCAACAAGGACAUAAUCUCGCUGAGCACCAUCCGGUUCCUGGACUCAUACGACCCGCUGCUGCUGCAGCUGCGCGGGCAGGCCAGCGACUACUACGUGGCGCGCGUGAUGCACCCGGCGGCGCGCUGGGACGAGCCGCUGCUGCUCAAGCUGCAGGCGCUGCUCUGCUACUCCGAGUAUCCUGUCAACGUGGAGGCGCAGACUCGCACCAUACCCAUCGUCUCCAUACUCUUCCAGGGCAAUGAUCUGUCACAGCACCUUGUGAAUAAUAAGUAUGGCAUCGCUGUACCCGUCACCAAGCAGGAGGUGCUCUUACUACAGCUGAAUAAUGAGAGCAUGCAACCCAUGUCUUCCACCUGGCAGCCGAGCUACUCGCCUGAGCCAAACAACUUCACUGAACAUGUGCCUUUCUUUACAAAUCAGAUAUUCCCGUCUAACCCAGCAUCAGCUAUGAGGUUGCAACAGAAUGUGUCUGUUCCUUUCAAUGGAGGCUAUGUGCCCGCUCCCUCGGCUAUUAGCCAAAGACUGAUGGUCAAUAAGACAUCUAGGAACCCAGUCACACUGAGGGCUCCUAUUCGCCAGCCUCAGCAGCCCCCACCAUCUGGAGGGGCUACUCCAGUGUCACCAGCUCUCAACACUCCACCACCAGGCAAACCUGUGUCUCCUCAAAAAUCAAGCAAAACCUACAAGAGUAGACUACUGGAAAUAAACUCACAACACAAAGUGUUUGUGUCAUACUGUGAAGAAGGCCCGGAACUGUUUGCCGUCCAACUUGUGACUGAUGCUAAGAGGCUCGAAGAUAUGAUGGAUGAGAUCAACAGGCAGCCUCACCGCAGCUUGACGGAGCCUCCCAUGAUAGGCACAGUCUGCCUCGGCCGCAUGUCCGGUGACCGCAUCAUAUGCCGAGCCAUAGUUAUGAAUCUCUCAGGACAACAGUGUAAACUAUUCUUUGUGGACUUUGGGGACACAGAAAUGGUGUCCUACUAUGACAUAUUUGAUAUACCGGAAGAGUUUGUGAAGCCUAACGUGUUUGCUAUGAGAUUCUGCUUGUCUGGAGUGAAGAAUUUCAAAAAAGGUCCUCACCUAAACGAGUCAUUCAAGCAGCUAGUGAACGGAAAAGUAUUGACACUGCGCGUAGUCGCGCCUGAAGGGCCUCCUCUAAUUCAAUACGGAGAAUUAUACCUAGACAACAAGAACGUCUCCGACCUUCUAACAUCCACCAUCAAGGAGACCUUACAAUUUAAAUGGAUGGACAUGUUGACUCGCGGCAGCAAGAUGUCGAUCCUAGUCUCAUACGUGGACAGUUGCCACAAGUUCUACGUGCAACUAUCCGACCAGAUUGAAGAGUUGAACCGCGUGAUGGAUGCAGUGAAGGCGCACUGCGAGCGGUCAUCGUCCCCUGGUGCACUACCAUUAGGUGCCGCUUGUUGCGCCAAGUUCCCUGAUGACGGCAACUGGUACCGCGCGCGCGUGCUCAACCAGCAGGGCGGCAAGGUCACGGUGGCGUAUGUGGACUACGGCAAUGAACAGGAGAUCAGCGUGUCGGACCUGAGGACCAUCACGCCCGAGCUGAUACAGCUGCCGGCGCAAGCCUUGAAGUGCGCUUUGAAGGGUUACGAAGACAAGCCAAUCGAGACCAAGUCGUCCAACCAGCUCGAGAUGCUAGCGCUAGAGAAGACGCUCAUGGCGCACGUGAUGGGCUCCACAUCAGCAGACACGAUGCUGGUGUCACUCGUGGAUGAUUCCUGCUCCCCGCCGCUAGACGUGGCGCGCCGUAUGAUGCAGCUGUCCACACCGAGGAGCCAUGAGCCGAAAGCCACAACGCCGGUCCGCAAAGACGCUCCGGAGCCAGGCUUCAGCUCCCCCGAGAGCGCCGACGACCGCAAGAAGGGGUUCCGCAGGGAAAAGAGCUUCAAGGACGAUAGGAGACCACGCGACGGGGAUGACCUGGCGCAGAGAGGAGGCAGCUUUAGAGCUAGAGACAACCGCGAUGGGUUCGACCGCUCCGGGCCCGGCCGACACAGCGAGAAGUUCGCAGGCAGACCCGACAAGGGAGACAGGCGUGGAGGCUCCAAGCCAUGGGAGAACCAGAGCAGCGGCCCGGUGACCGCCUCUGAAGACACUUGGGAAGAGAGCGCCCCGCCCGCCAGACACGGCAGGGACUUUAGAGACAAAAAGAAAGGCCCUAAACCUGAUCAACCAGAGCGGUCCCAACCGACCGACCGGACUGGGCCUAAACCUGGCUGGAAGAACAAGGCCGAGAGUGGUGGACCAAAGAGGACCAAACCCGGCGAUGGUCCAAACGACCCCAAACCAUCUAUACAGGACCGGCUGAGACGCGACAACAAGUUUAAUAAACAAGACGAGUGGGAAGAAAAGAAGAAUGACAACUGGGAGUCCAACAGUCGCCCGGAGCGUCCCCCGCGGCGGGAGUAUGGAGGAGACAGACGAGACAACUGGGGAGACAAGAAAGAGAACUUCCAUCAGAAGAGAGACUUCAACCGAGACCGGGGAGAGAGAGGCGACCGAGGAGACAGGCCAAAGAGCAACUUCACCCCUAGAGACCGCGCAGAUCGGUCCUUCGGAUCGGAUGAGCACAAGUCUGACCGCAGCUUCCGUACAGACAAGCCGAGGGGGCCAUACAAACCCCGCAACGUCCCCAAAGACCUCCCCUCCCCUGUCCCUCUUAAUAAGCCAUUCCCCGAACAAACUAUCGAAGCGAACGCACAACACGAGGUGUCUGUAACCUGGAUAAUAUCCCCGGAUAGCUUCUACACGCAGAUCCUGUCGCUGCAGACAAAAUUCCUCGACAUGAUGCACAAAAUACCAGAAAUAUACAAGGGAGUGAGGUCCUACUCCGGAGAUAUAUCGGUCGGCGCGUCCGUCCUGGCCAAAUACCCUGAAGACGGCGUCCUAUACCGAGCCACAGUGAUAUCGACCCAACCUUUUGGCAAAUACAUCGUCCAGUACAUCGACUUCGGGAACAAAUUCGUAGUCGACGCGCGCGACAUCUGGCAGUUGGACGAGCAACUUCUAGAAGUCCCUAAGAUGGCAGUUCACUGUUCUUUGUUAGGCGUGGCGCCUAAAGACGGCGAAUGGAAGGCGAAUAACGACAUAGACUUGUGUUUCAAUGCGCCCAGGUACCAGUGCGUGUUCCAAGAGGCUACUGAGGAAGGGAAAUAUAAGGUGUCGUUGUGGAAUAAUGGAGCGAGCGUCGCGGAUAUGUUGAUUGAGAAGGAGCUGGCCGCUGCCUCGGACCUGGGAUCCGCUGUUACCGUUAAAGACGAGGCGAUAGACCUGAGCAUCAUCGUGGGCCAACAAGCGCUGUGCCGCGUGACGCACGUGGAGUCGUUCGACAAGUUCUUCAUCCAGCUGGACCUGGAGAAGGCCAAGCUCGUCGAGAAGGCUAUAGAUAACUUUGACGCUACUUUGUCAUUCUUGGGACGACGCUUAACCCCCCUAGCGGAAUCAAGCCUAACCGACGGCGUCCACUGCACGGUGAAGCGCGACGGCCGCACGCAUCGCGCCAUACUCACUGACACCUCGGACAAGACUGCCAUCAAGGCCGUGCUGCCUGAUUAUGGAAUUAAUGUCACUACUACUAUGGAUAAUCUAAUGAUCUUACCGACGGAGCUCAGCGUGUAUUACUACCAAUCGCUGGAAUGCUGCCUCCACAAUUACACUGAGGAAUCUACAAAGUUGCUUUCUCUCGACGAGCUGAAAGAAAGAUUGACGGACAAAAAGUUCAUCGUUUACAUCAAUGACGUGCCGAAUAUCAGCCUGCACACCACCCUGUACGACCCGGCAACCGGCGCGAAAGUGGCCAUUUUCACCCCCGACGAGGGCGCAUACGAAUCUGUCACUCCGCUGUGCGCACGCGCAGUCUUCAACUAUAACUUUGGUCUGGCGUACAUCUCGCAUGUCGCGUCGUUGGAUGAAGUUUAUCUGCAGAAGGCAGCCGAUGGAGACAGGAUAGCUGAGCUGCUGGAUGAGUUGUACAAGUUUUAUGAGGAAGGAACACCAGAGCCCCUGGAGAGCUUCGAGGUGGAAGGUCUUUGCGCGGCCAAGUCGAGCGACGGCAACUGGUACCGCGCCACCAUCGUGACGUCAUCGGACGACGAGUGCAACGUGCAGUUCACUGACUACGGCAACUGCGAGACACUACCUAAAGACUCGCUCAAGAAACUCAACACCAAGUUCUAUGAGCCAUGCGCGCUAGCACUAGUCGUUGGGCUAGGGUUAGCGCCUUUAAGUGAUGAUGCAGUUGCUAAGCUGAAAGAGUGGACGGAAGAGAAGGAGCUACAAGUGACGGUGUCGUUUGGAACUGACGGCUGGCUGGCCAGUCUGCACUCGGAUGGUGUGGAUCUGUCUAUGAAGCUCGUGAAUGAGAAGCUAGCGGCGCCGCAGACGCAAGCUGAAGAGGCAACCCCCGCACCGGCCGCUGAAGAACCGGUUUCACUGCCGUCUGGUUGCACCUCAGUCUACAUCAGCCAUAUUGACACUCCCGGACAGUUUUGGCUACAGAUGUCUGACAAAAUAGACGCUAUUGAGGAAAUACAAGCGGAGCUGCAAGAGAAAGCAGCCAGUUUUGCCGACGUUGAAAACAGAGAGCUUGGCACCCUAUGUAUUGCUAAGUACUUGGCUGAUGACCAGUGGUACAGAGCGGAGAUACUUGACGCAGACUCUGAUAUAACCACAGUGCGGUUCAUAGACUACGGUAACACAGAUGUGUUGGACAACCAGCCGGGGUUGAUCAAGGUGUUGCCGGAUAAUCUGAAGGAAGCCGAGCGGUACGCGGUCAAGUCGAGCGUGAAUGCAGUCCCGACCGGCACUGGCCAGUGGUCCGAUACCGCUUCAGACUACUUCAUGCAACUGGUAGGAGAUCUGUCUUCCCCAGUCGACGCUCUGAUCGUCCUCAAAGAUGUCACAACCUAUGUGGACAUAUUCGUCAAUGGACAAAACUUGACGGAUAAGUUAGUGGCGGAAGGGCACGCGAAUAGGGCCGAGGAACCAGCGUGUGGUGACCUGCCCACUUGCUUCGCUAGUCACGUGAAUUCACCAUCUGAGUUCUGGGUUCAACUGGAGGCGGCCACAGCUGAGCUGCAAGCCAUGGAGGCUCUUAUGGAAGACGCCGAUAACUUCCCAGAGUUAACAGAUAAGGAGGAAGGCGUGAUAUGCGCGGCCAAGUACCCCGAAGACGGCGCGUGGUACAGAGCUCAGGUCAUAGUGGACGGCUCGGAAGGCACUGAGGUGCUGUUUAUGGAUUACGGUAACGCGUCCAUAGCUACUGAACUACGUAAUUUGCCCGAUGAGCUGAAGCAAAAGCCGGCGUUAUCAAGAAAGUGCGCUCUACAGAAGCCUCGUGAUAUCAAAUCCUGGUCACGGAAAUCGGAGGUUAAGUUCAAUGAGUUGGCAGCGGAGGGCGCGACGAUAUUCACAGUGCAGUUCAUCGCGUCGGGAGAUAUUUCGAUAGUGGAGUUGUUCUUGGAGGGCAAGUCUGUGACGGAGGAGCUGGUGGGUCUGUGCGAGGAGGCGCCGGCGGCGGAGGCACCGGCUGAGGGGUCACCAGUCGUAGAGGCACCAGCCGAGGGGUCACCAGUCGUGGAGGCACCGGCCGAGCGCCCCGCGCCGCUGGGUCUCGAGCUGCAAUCCACCGGUAAGGUCUGCCACGUCAACUCCACAGAAGACUUCUACAUCCACCUCGAGUCCUCCACUCCAGACCUGGACAAGGUGCUCGAGAGAAUGAUCGACGCGCCCGAUUUCGACACCGCGCCGGAACUCAAAGUGGGGUCACUCUGUGCCGCCUUCUGGGCUGAAGACGAGCAGUGGUACCGAGCCAAGAUACUGGAGUUUUGCGAUGUCGGAUCACAGGUGCUGUUUGUAGAUUACGGAAAUAAAGCCAAGUGUGAAGACUUCAGGCAGUUACCUGAAGAUCUAGCUUUAAUAGAACCCCUAGCCAAGUGUUGCCGCCUGGCACUCCCCGAAGGCGCCACGUCAAAUGAAAACUUGAAGAAAAAGUUUGACGAAUUAACGGCCGAAGAUUAUACAUUCCAAAUAGAGUUGUUGGACACGACGAAAGAACCAGUACUUGUAAGAUUAUUACUGGGCGGUGAAGAUGUCGGCAAAAUGGUUAAUGUUGGAAAGUCGGAGAAAUCAGAAGAACCCAAAGUGAGUGCUAAUGAAGUGUCCUCAGAAAUAGUUAACGAAAUCGUCCAAAAAGUAGGAGAAGAUAGUAGUAAUAAUGUAGAGCCCGUAGAAGUAGAAUCUGCUUCAGCACAAGUUGAGUCGAUUGAGUCCACGGAAAUUGCGGCACCAGCAGAAGUAACGAAACCCGAGACUGAAACUGAACAAUCUGCAUUCGUACCAGUUGAUGUUAAUAGUGUAGAACCUACUGCAGUUCCUACUGAAUCGAUUGAAGCCACGGAAAAGGCCGAUACGCCAGAGGUAUCUAAAUCAGAUGAACCUGAAAAGACCGUAGUUGAUGAUUUGGACACAACACCCAUUGACCUAAAUGAAAGCAUCAGCAGCAACCACACAGUGAUAGAAAACAAAUCGUUUGAAGCCAACGCUGACGCUUUAGAAGACGAUAAAGAAGUUGAUGAAGGAUUCAAAAGUGAAUCUGAUAAAAUAGUCACGACGGAAAAAGAUGUUUCACCAGACACGACUUUGGAGAGUUCAAACGAUACUAUAAAAACUCCCGAAAAGGAUGAAUCAAAAGAGUCCAUCAACCCAGAUACUGGCUACACCAGUGAAGCUGAAAAAUCACCAGUAGGAGAUUCUGUAGCUGUUACUGACAGCAAGAAAUCAGAAGAAGGUGAAACUAAAGUGGAUGAAAAGACUGCAGACAAGUUGUCAGAAAUUAGUUCUGAAGUAAAGGCAGUUUAAGAAACUUUCUAAAAUGUUGUAAAUAGAACAGAAGUGCUAAUUGUUGAUUGAUAAGUCUAAAACUUAUAUUUGUAUCCCUAAGUAUUAUACAAUCUCGAUGAAACUUCGGCCAUUGCUGAGCAAGUGCCCUUCAUGUGAUAGUUAUAAGAAAAUUAUUGUUAUUUAUUCUUUACUGUGUUCUUAGUUAGGCUGUAAGAGAGUCAAUGACUUCUACAUUCUACAGUUGUCCAUUUAUUAGGAUAAGUUGUUUUUACUAUUUUGAUUUUUUGCGAAAGUCUAACUUCUUUGAAAGAUUAGUUAUUGUUUUUGACUUGUUUAUUCUUUGAAAAUGUGUGAAAUGUUGAGAAAACGAUGGUUGUAAAUUCCACUGUUCUUAUCAUAAUAAGACGUACAUAUAAAAUAUAUUACGUACGACCGUCUUUUGAUUGUCUAUCAUUUUGUUAUAAUCACAAAACCAGUGAGCGUGUGCUAUGUUUAACUUAUAAUACUCAGUUAACACAAUGUUGCUUGUUUGUUACCUAAAGUCUUGUGAUCUCCGUUAUAAUUACCUUGUUUAUGUUAUAAACUCAUGUCACACAAACGACACAAUAAAACGUAUGAAAA